AUGCCGAUAAGUACCCGUUGCACGACAGUGCGACCGAACGCCCGACAUUGUGGUCUUGUAUACGAACAACGGCGACGGACUCUGAUCGUCGACGCCGUCAUCAUUGUUAUUAUUGUCGUCGUCACCAUCGAUCGGUGCGGUCCAGAUUCGACCAUGGUUCGGUGCGUUUUGACGGUGCUCUCGUGGUGCGCCGUCCUUCCGUGGUGCCACCGCGGCGUUUCGGCACAGUCAAACUAUCCACGGUCGCUCAACAGUGGCUGGGACACCGGGAAUGGCGGAUUCGCGAACAACGCCACCGGCGGCACAAUGGACGUGUUCCGGUUGCCGCCCGGGAUCACGCCGGUGUCGUACGCGCUGGAAGUGGCUACGGACUUUGAACGAAUGGCCUACGCCGGCCGGGUGACGAUCGUCGUGAAACCGCUCGUCACGGCCACCAACCGCAUAGUGCUCAACUCCAAAGACCUCCGAGUGACCGGGGUCGAGAUUUUCGACCACAAGACCGCCAAGCCCGUCGCGAUCAAGCAAUACUACCCGGUGGACAAAAACGAACAGCUGGUGAUCGAGUUGAGCUGCGCCGGCUCGCGGUGUCUGACGCAAAGCCGACUGUACGCCGUCCAGAUAGCUUUCGAAGCGGCCCUGAGGAACGACAUGACCGGUUACUACAAAAGCUCGUACAAGCACGAUAACGUCACCAAGUACAUUUUAGCAUUUUACGUUUGUUUUUUUUUUUUUUCAGUAAAUCAUUGAAUUUAGACGUUUAUAUUUCGGUUCAUUUCGAUUCAUUUCGUUCCGCGGGGAAUCUCGCUUGUUUCAGGUGGUUGGCGAUCACGAAAUUCGAACCUACGUUCGCCAGAAGAGCGUUCCCCUGUUUCGACGAGCCGGCACUGAAAACGCCUUUCAAGGUCUCGCUCAAAAGGCGGUCCGAUCAAAUUUCCUUGUCUAACAUGCCGUUAGCGAAUUCGUCGAAAAUGUACGCGUCACUCGUAAAAUAUCGUUUUUACAGAUUUCCGGCCGACGAUUGCGCUGUUUUGUGUUUUUUUUAAAUGUUUAUUUCGCCUUUCAGACAAGGUACGAACACGUACUGGGACCACUUUCAAGAGACUCCGCCGACGUCUACGUAUUUAGUCGCAUUUUUCGUGGGCGAAUUUUACGCCAUGAAAACGCGCACGUUUGGCGUAUACACGCACAGUAAAUACAUUAGUCAGGCCGAGUACAUAGCCGACGAAUCGCCGAGACUAAUCGAAGCGAUGGAAAACUACACCGGAAUAAAUUACAUGUUGCCCAAACUGGAUUUGCUGGCGAUUCCGGAUUUCGCGGCCGGCGCCAUGGAAAACUGGGGAUUGAACACGUACAGGUGACAUUAAACAAACGGAUGAAAUAUGUAAUCGUGUCGGCAUUUACCGUUUGAGAGCGAUAAUAGGCUUUUCGAAAACGAACACGUAACACCGAUAACGGGACAAAGACCGAUAUUUUGGUUCCGCGGGUCGUAGUUUUUAAUCAUCCGGUUAUUUAUUAUCCUAGGCGUGCGCACGAGUUGUGCGUGGCGUGCGGUUACAUGGUUUGCGGCUUCGUGUAGACUGUGGAAAUAAUGAAAUUCGUGUCUAUGCCAAUGGUAUACAAAUAUCGAACAUUUUCCGAAAUACGUAUUCGCACACUUUAAUUUGCUACGUUUCUACAUUUGGUUGUUUACACCUCCCGCGACAGCGCGUAUUUUAGUGUCUGUAGUUGAACGGGAUAAACAAACUUAUUUAAACGUUUUUAAAAUACAAAAAUUGUCUCGAUAUUUUCGGAAAACAACACUUAUCGAAAUUCUAUUGUUACGAGUCAUUAGCUGAGAUAGGUAUGACGUUGUCGCGUUGACGCACGAUUUUGAUAUAAUUGGCGUUAUCAUUUACAGUGUAACCACGAGUCUAACGGGGAAAAAUACAAAACAUUUUCGGAUACACUUGUUUUAUUAAUAUCGAUAAUAAUAAUAAUUUUAUUAAAUUUUAAUAUACGUGCAGUUGCAUAAUGAGUGACCGUUGCUACCAACAAUGUGACACAUUUCAUUAAAACUGAUAAAACUAAAUGUAAUUUUCGUAGCAAGGGACUAUUAGUUUUACAAUGCUGUUUAUUUCUUUGUUUUUUGUUCUAGUCCGUGGACAUGUUUUUUCCUAAUCAACUUGUUCCGAUUUUUACGUGUAGCAACUUUUAUGUAAGCUGAAGUUGACUAUAUUGUAAUUCAAAAAGAUUAUUUUUUGAUUUUCGAUGCCUUUUUUUAAAUAAAGCCACUUUAGUGUGAAAGUACGUAGGAAAUCUUGCAUGAUAUCAUGAUUUCAUUAUUUUAUUAAAACACGAACUACGUUUUCUGUCAGAGAAAAUGAUUUAAUCGAAAAAUCACUAGACACUUUUUUUGUUGCCUUUUUGAUUUAUUUUCUUACGAUGUCAUCGUCAAAACGUUUGAGCCACUUUUGAGCUUUUAAGGAAUUUUAUUUGUUGGUAGUUUUUUGCUGCGAUUCGGUUGUAAAUACACGCAGAGACUCGGAACAUAGUAAUAAUACUUAUAUUGGACUUAUCUAGACGUGGUAAAAUUUCCAAAAUCAUCGGACGACUUUUCAAUUAUAUUUAUGUAAGUGGUCUCUUAGGUCUCUAUUAUCGCCAGAAGUCCAAUUCGUCUGCUUGCGAGAGCUGUGGAUGAAGUUUACCCAUGUUAUUUGUAUAUAUUCUCGGGAUUUUGUAACGUACGCGGCUAUUAUUUUUCGGUAGUGGUUUCUGUUUUUAAUAUUUCUUCACUUUUGUUUGUAAUUAUAAUUUGUCCGAGUUAUCUACGAUAAUUAUAUUGUAAGAAAUAUCUAUAAACGUACAAUUACUUUACAACGUAAAUAUUUGUGUAUAUUCUUAUAUCAGGUCAUCGAUUGUUUUUAUGAUUACAUUUAAAGAACCUUUUUCAAACCAAUUUACUUACGAUUAGCUAUUUAAAUACAAUAAACACAUACGUGUAAUAAAACAACUAUUUCCUAUAUUAUACUCAAACGAAACGCGGUUGUAUCUAUAUACGUACGUGUAUACUUAACGACGACCUCGUGUGAUUGCAGGGAGAGGCUUCUGUUGGUGACGGAAAAUUCCAAAACGAAAGUCAAAGAGUUCGUGACGACGGUCGUACAACACGAACUGUCGCAUCAAUGGUUCGGCGAUUUAGUGACGUGCGCGUGGUGGGAUUAUCUGUGGUUGAACGAGGGUUUCGCCACGUUCUUCGAGUACUUCGCCACCAAAACGGUGAUUUAAAUGCUUCGCAAAAAAAAAAAAAAACAUUGUUAAAAUUAUUGUUAUUUAUUAUCAUGUAUCAAUAUCUUUUUUUUUUUCCAGGUGGAACCGGACUGGCGGCUAGAGGAUGUGUUCGUGUACGAAGUGCACCAGUUAGCGCUGGAAGCCGACCAGGAACCGACGCACCCGAUUUCGGGAUCCGUCCAGACGCCAGCCGAAAUCAAAAACUUCUUCGACAAUAUAUCGUACAGUAAAGCGGGCGCGGUGCUCCGGAUGUUACUAUACACGGUGACCGAGCAAAAUUUCAAAAAAGCGUUGAAUUAUUAUUUGGAGGAUAACAAGUGAGAGCGGCCGAUACGUUUUUCGGUGGCGAGUAAUUCGCUUGAGUACCUAAUUAUUAUAUUGAUUGUUGCGUUUGUUACGACACAGGUACGCGGCUGCCACGCCCGAAGAUUUAUGGACCGCUUUUGAAAACGUCCUGUUCGAGGAAGAAUUCGAAUUGGGCGAUAACAUUACCGUCACUGAAUUCAUGGAAUCUUGGACCGAACAGUCCGGCUACCCUUUGGUACGAGUGAAGAGAGAGAACGACACGUUUGUCGUGACUCAGGUAACGAUCCCCCGGGGAAACAUGAAAAACAUAUGUUAAAGCACGGCGGGGAAUUUUUCAGGAGCGGUUUUUAACCGAGCUGACCAGCGAAACCGAUGUGUCGGAAUGGAUCGUCGGGUUGACGUACACGACGGAAGACGAACGAAAUUUUUCCGACGUCGUGCCGAAGACGUGGUUGACCGGAAACAAAACUGUUUUGCUGAAUCAAAGCGAUUCCGGAUGGUUUAUUUUUAAUUUACAAUCGAUCGGUACGGUGUAAUUCAUUAUCACAGUACUUUUAAAUAAAACACGAAAGUUUUGUGGAAAAAAAAAAUGCAUUUAGGUUUCUAUAGAGUUAACUACGAGCCGGACAAUUGGGACGCCCUGAUCAAUCAGCUGUACAACGAUUGUAACGUUAUACACGUGCUGAACAGGGCCCAGCUGAUCGACGACGCUUUCAAUUUGGCCGAGGCCAAUCAGUUGGAUUAUAUAUUGGUCUUGAUGCUUUCGGAAUAUUUGAAAAAAGAAAACGACGUUAUACCGUGGUAUUCGGCCAAAAACGGAUUCGAAUAUUUACUAUACCGGACGCGGCGUUGUCCCCACUGUUACAAGCAUGUUAAAGUUAGUAUAAUUUAUAUCCGAGCAUAUAUUACUACUUAUUACCUAUGUCGAUGCAAAAAUCAUAGACAAUAAUUUUAAAAGAAAAUCGAAGGACUUCGAUGUUCGUAACUGUGGGGCGGAACUUUGGUCAUUGAAAUAUGAUUUUCAACAGUCGAAAUGGAUAAAAAGAAGUAUAGAUUCUCGAUUCUCGAUUCUGAGGGCAGCGAGAAAUGUAUUGUUUUUACUGCGAUGUAUGUUUUUUUUGUAUCCGUAAUAACUUUUCUACCAGAAAUAUCACUCCAGUUUUUAAGUGUAGAAUCUAUUCUAAAAAAAUUGUAGCUAAUUUGUGUAACGGGUAGGUCAUAUUUUGAUUUUCCUUGCAGUUUUCUUAUUAAUAAUCGGGAAAAACCGGUCAAUUUACUAAAAUAGCAAAUUCAUUAUUUUUGAUUUGUUUUUUUUUUUUUGUAAUUUAUUUAAAAAUAAUCGUAGAAACAUAAAAUAUUUUACAGUAAGACGUUAAUAGACGUUUUACUAGACGUUGUCAAAUUUUCAGAAUAUUUUGUCUGUUUUCAACUAUUUAUAGUUGCUCAUUUGCUUCGUUGGCCUAUACAACAUCAUCUAUAAUAGUGACAUAACCAUCAGCUCUUUUUUCUCGCUUUUUAGACUUAUGUCGGCUAUUUGGCCGGAUUGAUAUACGCGAAAACCGAAGAUCUUGUCACCAAUCACCCGGAUGGUUUGGCGGCAGCGGACCAUUCUGCGAAGACCGGUUGGAACGCUUUUUCGCGGUGGGCAUGUGACUUGGGCGACGAACAUUGUAUAAAAUCGGCUAUGUUCUAUUUCAACAGAUGGAACCGGGGGAAAAAGUAUUAAUCUAACGUUUUCAUAAUGUUGCGCAACAUUCAAUCCCAUAUACCGGCAAUACUUAGGACGUACAAUAUUUUACAGGAUACCAGCUGACAUUAAAGACGCGGCGUUUUGUGCCGGUGUCAAGUACGGUACUCCAAUAGUGUGGAACAAAAUCCUCGGCGUGUACGUCAACUCUGAUUGCGCUUCCGAUCGGCAGUCGGCUCAACUCGCUCUGGCCUGUUCCCAGGAUCCCGUCGUAUUAUCAAAGUAUAAAAAACAAUAUUACUCACGCCAUCAGGCUGAUCGCGCAAUAAUAUUAUGGCGUACUAUGCGAUCACGCGACUUUAAUACAACAAAAUAUUUAUAAAUAUUAAAUAAUAAUAAUUGUUCGUUCACCGAAUCUGCAGCAACGAGAUGCCGACGCAUUCGAUUCGAUUGCGUUUUACUCGAUGUAGGCAAAUAUCAAAGUUUGAAAUCUUUUUUUUUUGUGAUUUCCACAAAUAUAGGUAUUUGGAUUUCAUGUUCGACGGAUACGACGGCCCGAUUCGGCCGCAAGACUUCCGAGUCAUUUAUCAGACGUUGGCGACAAAACCGCAAGGCAUUUCGGCGCUGAUCGAAUUCGUGACGAACAAACUGGACCGGAUCGUAAACGAAAUAAUCAACGGGGAACAAGUGGCUACGGCCAUAUACUCACUGCUGGCUUCGAGGGUGGCUACCGACAUAGAAAUAGCCCUGGUAUGCGUAUAUAGUCGGUCGAAUAGCACGUAUACUGUUAUACAGUUAACGCGAUAAUUUAUGUUACUGCGGACUUACGGUAUUAUCGUGUUAAUUGUUGUUAAAAGAUCGACGACUUGAGGAGAAGCCCGUCGGUGCCGGCGCACCUCCAAGCGAGAUUCAACCGUUCUUAUGGCGCGGUGGACGAGAACUUGGCCUGGUUCAAAACGUAUCACGGGAAGGUCGGUGAAUGGGCGAAGAACACGGUGCACAAACUCGGAUUGGACACCGAACCAACGACCAGUAGCACUACGGAAGUACCGACGACGGAGACGUCCGACGAAUCCGACGAGACGACGCCGUCCAGCGCCGGACCGUCGAACCAUCGGUCCUCCGGAUAUUUUAUUUCGCGGACGAUAAUUAUUGCGCCGGUAUUACUGGCUCGCAGCGUGUCGCGUUUUGCCUAGAUCCUUUUCUAGCCGAGUCGGAUACAACAUUUAUAUUUAGUACAUUUUAGUGUUACGGGCGUCUAUAUAAUAUUAUUAACUCGAGGUUCGUAAGUUCGUGGAUUUUCACGUUUUGUUCGAUGCACAGGAACACCGGUUGCUGACCGGGGUAUAAAUCCGUUUCAUAACAAUAUACCAAGAAGAUAACAAAUUUUAAUAGCGCAUGAAUUCGCUUAUUUCGAGCAUUUUGGCUUAUCGGGCAUAUUUUAGCGCAUAUUAGCGCACGAUUCGUAUUACACUGAGGAAAUUAUUACUACUUUUUUUGUUCGGAAUUAAUGAAAUCCACAAACAUGUUUACAAAAUCCACAAUCUUAGUAUUGAGUAUUAUUUCUAGUUUUUGUUGAGCUUUAUUUUUAUUCUCGUAUGAUUAUGGGUUUUAUGGGUUUCAUGGCAGUACCACAAAAUCAAUGUUACCGCACUCUCACGUUAUCUCGAUAUCACAAUCAAUAUUUAUUUUCGUCGAAACUAACUUGUAUACGCGUGUAAUAUAAUGCGAUUUUUUUCUCACUUAUUAAAAGUGCAUAUUUUUAGAUUUUUAGUACAUACAAGUUCAUGUUUCUGAACUUACGAACCCUAAUUAUUAUAAUAAUUGCCGUCUGAUUUGAGGGAUUAGACGAAUUUUAUGCAUAUCGCCGAUUGACUUUUUAGACUUUAGUAAUUAUACAAUAUACAUGGAUUGAAAGACAAAUUGAUUUUUCAUUUGUAGUUUUGACCAGGGUUGUAUGUUUAAAACACGUUUAAAAAUCAAAACAGUAAAAUUUAAUUGAUUCUGUUUAAAAAUUUUAAAACUCAUGUUUUAAACAUCAAUAAAAAACUUGUGUUUUAAAAAAAAUAUAUUUUUAGUAAAUUUUAAAUUAAAAUAAUCUAUGGAUUGUUUCAAUCUUAUACGGUUUAAUGAUUUUUUUUUUUUUUUAUAGAAAAUCACAUCUAAAAGUAAGUUUGAGACCACGAGGAGCAAUUUUCAGUUUGAAUUUGAAAAAAAAAAAGUAAAAAAUCAAAAUUGCCUAAUAGUAAUGUUGAUUUAUCGUUAAAAUGCUCAAUAACAAAAUAUUCAUGACGCGUUGAAAGAAUACUGUUUUUCUACAAAUUACAUUUGUUCCUGUUAUAUUCAUGUAUUGUAUUGGUUAGUACUGGGCAAUAUAAGAUUGGAAACAAAUAAUAAUUGCACGUAUUUAGUGUGGCACAUCUAGCCUAUACUGGCUAUACUAUAGUUUUAUUAGUAUAUUAUAUUAUUAUUAUACUCCAAGAAUACUCUAUACGUAUUACGUAUUUGCUAGACACGCUGACUCACCAGUGUAUAAUUUCAAAACAUCAAGAGUAAACAUUUGUAAAUCUGGGACACGGGGCACGAAAUGGCAAGGCCAGCAUUAAAAAGACGUCCUAGGAUAAUGGGGACGGGUGCAGCCACUGCUAUUUAUUGUAAUUUAUUAAACAAUGAAAACCAUUGCUUACAAAAAAACGAUUCUGAACGGAGUUCAGUUGAUAGGGAUGAUUUGUCAACAAUAUUAUCUAGCAUAUUAUGAUGAAGUGAGUAAAACAAUCUGCGUUUCCAAGACAACAAUGAUUGUUUAAAAGAGAUAAAAAAAAACCUUAAUAAUAACAAAAAUAAAUAACAACGGUUGCCAAUGACAACCGUUUUUUAAUUUUUUAAUCUUUUUUUUAACCUAAAGAACAAAGUUUUCUUCACUAUCUCAAAUAUUAAUGAGAAUUUAAAAAAAAUGUCCUCCUUAAAAUACCACCCAGACAACAUUUAUUUCCAGAAAAAAGUGUUAUACUUGAUAAUUGGAGUAAUCUUUCUCGCAAAAAAGGUGUUCACAAGAAAAAAAGAAUAAACAUUAUUGUAAAACCAAUACAUUCCUCGCUCUACUCAGAAUCCACAAGCAAAUAUCCGUUAACGGCAUUAACAAUCAUACGCAAUGGGUUUAUAAUAGAUGUUUAAUAUUUUUUUGAAAGCUUUGAAGAUCGUAAUAACCUAAUAACGCUAAUUAUUAUUUAAUAGUACAUUUUCAAUAUUUUUGAUGACCACGAGAUUAAACACUAAACAUACAAGCAGUAGGCAUACGUGAUUACAUCUAUCAUAUCUUAUACCAAUUGUGUAGAGUUUCACAUUUUAAGUUAGUGACUUCACUAGUUGAACGGUUAAACAUACAAAUUUUUGUCGAGUACCGGUGGGUUUAGAAUUCAAAUCCAAAGCGAUUUUGAUCGUUUUACUCGACCACGUGUUAUAAAUCAAAUUUAACCGUAACUAUUUUGGAAUAGCUAUUCCUGAUGAAUGUCUAUGGUAUUUUUUCUUUUGUUGCAGUGGCGUAAAAUCUCCAUAAACAAUGAUAACCAGUCACUUAAAUUUUUUUUUUUAAGAUUUAUUUUUAUCUACUGAAAUAAUAAUAUAGUUGGCUAACCUACGUUAUUUGAUUUUGUAUCUUUUGUAUUGGAUAUUUCAGAUUUAAAUCGGCUUUACGGAAUUAUUUUGGUAUAACCAUAAAACCAGAAUCACAGAUGUACACAUACAUUUAUCCAAAAUACACGUAUGCCCCAGACCCGAAAACAUUUUAACGGUUGGUAUUUUCCGAGUGGUGUUGUUCAAGCAGUUUUCAAAGAUAUUACAGGCUAUUUUUUUAGGGUACCUAUACAGUAAAUGUAAGUCGCCUAAUACUGCCAAACUGAUAAUCAAAACCUAUAUAGUAGACUGAAUAAAAUCAAGAGUAUACAUUACAAUAUGUUACUAUUUUUUUUUCUUUUUUAUAAUAUUACGUUAUGGAACUCAAUAUUGUGUUAGUGUUGAAAUGAAAUACAGUUACAGAAGAUAAGGUGUUGACAUGACAUAAUUAUUUGAGUGUUUGGCGUUUCCAUUCGCUCAUAUACGAUUUGCACAUAAAAAAAUAUCGUUCACACUGAGUAUUAUAGAUAAUGCGGAAUAACACUUGCAUGGUUUUUUGGAAAAAACGUCUGUCACGUUGUGACACGAAAGUGAAAGGAAAAAAUAAAGAUAAUGGGGAGGGGUGCAGCCACUGAUGUAGGUAGAAAGUUCUCAGUUUUCUUACGAUUUUCCUGGUUUUCCCAUGUUUUAUCUCGGUUUUUCACAUUUUCUGGAAAAGCUCUUGAGAAAAUUAAAAAAAAAAAUGACCUCUUUAAAGUACCUCCCUAAUGAAAUUUACUUUUAAAAACUUUGUUACAAUUUAAAGUUGGAGAAAAAUUGCUAGUAGAAAAGUUGUGCACAGAAAAUAAAAUUAUAAGAUGAUUAUAUUUAUUUUCUUUUUUGUAAUAUUACGAUUGAUGCCGGGUGUCCCAUAAAUAUUUUGUAAAUUGACAUUAUAUCGUCUGUUUUCGUAUGGUCCGGUUUUCGUAUUAUAUACUGGACCAAAUAUUUUUCUAAGCACUUUUACUUCUGUUGUAUUAAGUUUAGAGUAGUAAAUUAUUAAUUAUUAUUGUCCUCUAACGAAACUUAUUACAAAUUAUUAUUGUAAUUUUUUGACUAACCGUGAUAUCGUGGGAAAACGUCAAAUAAUAAAAUGCGUAUAACGUCUUAAGAACAAAUGUUUUACGUCGAAAAGCUAUUAUAUAAUUGAGUAGAGUAUUAUACACGAAACAGAAAUAAUUGAGUUGUUUUAUUGACACUUAACGUUUAGACUUUAUUUCUCUUUGUUUUCUUACUGUACAGUCGAAAUACACAUAAUUAUUUUAUCGAUAAAACAAAGCCUUUAAUAUUCUGACUAUUCGAGUAAAAAACCUAAAUUUGUACUUCUAAUAUGAAAAAUGCAGAAAACGUCUGCCAAAAUUCAAUGGAAAAUAUGAUAUACUUUGAUAAUCUGAUUACCAGAGGACGAAAUAAUUCAACUCUUAAAGAAAUAGAAAGCAUCUAUACCUACAUUAAAAAGACAUUUUUUUUAUGAAAACAUAUUUUGUACCUUCAACACAACAUAAUAAUAAUAUAGUUUGGGUGUCAGUUUAAGAUAAGUUUCAUUUUUUUUGUUUAAAGAAAAUUUACAAUCUGUAUUAACAAAAACACAACAAGUAAAUAUGAUAAUAUGAUAAUACAACAACAAAACAAAAUAUAUUAAUGACAGAAUGGCAUGAUAAGGGAGACUAUCCAGUGAUAGAAUCCUUGACAAUGAGUUUAUACACGAGCAUAUGCGUAAAUUUGGCUUGUUAAAAGGGGACCUGAAAUUAUAAAUGUAGAACAGGCCCGCGGAGGGUUUCACCUCUCUGCACCACUACAUAUAAAUUUAUCAGUUUAAUUGUAAAACAUGCUUAUAAAUACUUCAAAAUUAUCUAUUAAACAAACCAUACAAAUUUUAAUUUAAUUAUAAAUAACAUUUUUGUUAAUUUAACAUUAUGUAUUUAUGGUCAUCGGCAAAUUGUUUAAGAAUGAUCUCUUUAUUAAUAUUUUUGGCAUCACUUUUUUUUAUACCCAAGAUAGACAUCUGAAUGAAUCUAUUUUAUAACAUAGACAAUCGUAGCCAUGUUUUUAUCCGACGCAUAGCUGAGCAGCUUCUCUCACACGUGGAGGAAUUAAUUGAAAAUGUUAAAGAAAAUAAAUCGUCGGCUGUUCGUCAUAACAUCUCAACUAAUCAAUAUUCCAUGUUUACACUUUACCGUUCACCGCAACAGUACUGA